AUGAUCGAGGUUCUCACCGACGCCUACAUGACCCAUAAGGACUUCCUUGAGCUGUGGUCCGAGGAGAAGAUCGUCAUCCACAUUCUGAUGACCUCGCUCGUUUGCUUCUUCCUUGAGCACCACGAAGCCUGGGUCGGCGAGGUCGAUGGUACCAUCCAAGGCGUCGCGCUCUACGUCCCGCCUGGACGCGACUUCAUGCGCAAGGGCGACCACGAGAUUGUCUUCGGCCCCGCGCUCAGCAUGAUUGGCAAGCGCCGCCAGACCUUCAUCGACCGCGAGCUCAUGCCGACGACGUCUGCCCGUGUCGAGAGCCGCUUCCCUGGUGGCGCUCGCGAGUGGUGCUAUCUCGCCAUGUUUGGCGUCGAUCCCAUGUGGCAGGGCAAGGGCCUUGGCUCCCGCAUCAUCCAGCACAAGAACAAGCAGCUCAAGGGUACGCCGAUGUGCGUCUCGACGCAGAGCUCGAGGACUGUCAACUUCUUCCUUAGCAAUGGCUUCGACGUCCGCAUCGAGCACAAAUUUGAGCUCGCCUGGGGUCCCACCUGGUUCGAGUGGUUCAUGACGAACCCUGGCAGCGCUGAGACGCGGGCUGCGCCCGCGCCGGCCUCUGUCUCCCCGAUCCAGCCGAAGAAGCAGCUUCCCGCCGCUCGCCCGCAAGCCAAGGGCUGCAACGGUGCCAAGGUCAACGCCGCUGUCGCGGCCGUGUCGCCGAGCCGGAUCCAUGCCGCCGGCGCCGUGCACUAA